AUAAAAUAGCAACUUACAACAAUUAUUUAACAUUUUAAGCCAUGACGAAGGGACAAAGUGGGAACAAUCCUAAGAGAGGCAGUGCUCACAUUUGCUGAACUGUAGCACAGAGGGUCCGCAGUGGCCUCCUGCAAGACCACGCAUUUUUACCCCUCUCUGCUGUAAACUGUGAAUUAUUUUGGAAGUUUGAAAGAACAGAAGAGGUUGGAAAGAUUUGCUCAGAAAUCGCCGUAUUUCAGCGAUGAACCAUAUCUAUAGCAACCAGCUGCAGCAGCUCAAAGGGACAGGACCUGCUAUGUGCUUGAACCGUGGUUCUUCAGUAUACCUGUACGGAGGUGACAAUGGGAUGUUCUCUUUGGAAUUCGCUGGCAACAACGUGAUGGCCAGACAAGAUCCCCCUCAAAAGCCACCAUACAGUUACAUUGCUUUGAUUGCUAUGGCUAUCAAGAGCGCCCCAGAGCAGAGAGUGACGCUGAAUGGCAUCUAUCAGUUCAUCAUGGACCGCUUCCCCUUUUACCAUGACAACAAGCAAGGGUGGCAAAACUCUAUCAGACACAACCUUUCACUGAACGACUGCUUUAUCAAAGUCCCCCGGGAGAAGGGCAAACCCGGGAAAGGAAGUUACUGGACACUGGACCCGAGGUGCACGGACAUGUUUGAAAACGGGAACUACAGACGGAGGAAAAGAAAGGCCAAGAGCCAGGGACCCCAAGAUCAUAAAGAGACAAAGAGAAACAAAGCAGAGAUCGGUGAGAAGUGCGCAAUGGCUGGCACUUCUCCCAACGCCGAAUCUGACCACGACAUCAAAGCACGGCCCGACUUGUCCGAUGGCGAAAAUGUCAAACGCGCAGGUGAUUCGUCAGACAAUGUUGAUCCAGGAAACGGGAAAACGGAAAGUGGCAUAGAAAAUCAGGAAAAUUGCCAUCUUCUGUUGGUGCCAUCGGAUCUCGGCCGCAGAGGUGAGGAGAAGUGUGGUGGACUGACAUUCCUGUAUCCGCUUCGCGCUGAUGUUAUUGACCAAGCUAUGACCCACCGUGCCCAGUCUGGGAUUUGGUCCAACCCUCCUCCAACAGGACUUUCGUGUGCUGUGCCCACCUCUCCUCCAGCAAUCACUUCUGGAUUCAGGAGCAUCCCAGGGGAAGGGAGAUCAGCAUGCCUUUCUUAUAAAAGUAGCUCAAGAGGCGAGAAACCAACGGGGGAUGUGAAGGCAGGCUCGCCGGCAGCAGCUAAGCGACCGUCCCUUUCUAACUUGUCACCACGGAGGAACAACUCGCCAAACGAUGUAGGGACCUCUGGAACCCAAGGUUCUGUAUCGCCAUCGCUGGUUGGAAACCACAGCCACGAGAGAAGGGAGCAAAAAGCUGAAAGUAGCCAGAUCUCACAUGCCGAAAGACCCAAGAGUUUUAGCAUAGAGAGCAUCUUAUCUAAGAAAAGCCACCAUAGCGAGAGCGUUAAGGCAAAUGAGCAGGUCGAUAAAAAUCCGGGGCGUCCAGACACAAAACUAAAUUUAGGAAGCCUAUCCGAUAGAUAUUUCGGCAGUUCGGUCAUAGAUACCUCGCCAAAGGUAUGCACGGCCUUUAACACUUCCUUACCGUUUGAUACACCUCAGUUACCUGGUAAAUAUUAUCAAAUCGGGUUUCCGUUUUAUUCGUAUUUUCCUUUAACUUGUUCUGAAACAUGUUUUAAUUUUAAAUAGAUCAUUAAUUUAUCAAACAUACAGCUGCGUUCGAUCUAUGGUGCUAUAGGGCUGAUUCUCCAACCAAGGUACUAGGAAUCUUUUAUAUGAUCUUAGAAUUUAUCCAGUUGCCAAUUUAAUAUUUAGACGCCUCCAACAUAUAUAUAUAUAUAUAUACUGUAUAAAUAAGUUAAUUUUACAAAGUAAUUGUUUGUUAGCAGAUUAGUACAUAAAGCGUCUUAAUCUUCUAUUUGACAGUUUUUCUAUGAUUAGAAAUGGAGGGCAUUGCAGUUACAUCUUGCCUUUUUGUGUCACAUGCACUCCAGUGGCUUCAAGUACAGUGAAACAAAGUAGGCUUUAAAUAGCCAUUGUUUUAGCUUCUGUGUCAUUGAAAACGUGUAUUUCCAUUGACGAAUAUUUAGAUGAUACAGAUUUCAUUAAUUCAUUAGUAAACGUCACGCUUGCUUAAGCCAGCACUUCAUGAUGUCAACAAUUUUAUGAGACAAACUCCAGCUGCCUGCGUUAAUGUAUAUCUGACCAGUCUUUGUAUUCUGUAAUCUCAAGUGUAGUCUUUCUCCCCGCCACGCCAAUUCGUACAAAAAUUAAUUGUCACCAAGCAUACUACGUGGUUAUAAUAUUGU